CAUUUGCACAAAUAACCACUUCUGCCUAUAUAUAUAGUAAUCAUAUUAUCGGGUAAGGUCCUUUUUACAUGUCCCGUUCAAUAGAACACCAAAUCAAAGCCCUUGUUCUACAGUUUCGUGUUUCGCUAGGGUUUCAGGUGUGUAUUGAAGAUGUCAAGAGUCUAUGUCGGAAAUCUGGACCCUAGGGUCAGUGAAAGAGAGCUUGAAGACGAAUUCCGCAUCUUUGGAGUUAUAAGAAGUGUUUGGGUUGCAAGACGCCCCCCUGGCUACGCUUUUAUUGACUUUGAUGAUCGACGGGAUGCACAAGAUGCAAUCAGAGAGAUCGACGGUAAGAAUGGAUGGAGGGUGGAGCUUUCACAUAAUUCUAGAGAAGGAGGUCGUGGGGGCCGUGGAGGGGGCCGAGGUCGCUCUGGCGGCUCUGAUUUGAAGUGCUACGAGUGUGGUGAGUCUGGUCAUUUUGCUCGGGAGUGCAGAACGCGUGGAGGUGGAGGUCCUGGAAGACGUAGAAGUCGAAGCCCUCCUAGAUACCGAAGGAGCCCAAGUUAUGGUCGUAGGAGCUAUAGUCCUCGUGGGCGUUCCCCUAGGCGCCGAAGCCCGUCACCACGCGGUCGCAGCUAUAGCCGGUCGCCAUAUCGCGGCAGAGAUGAAGCUCCAUAUGCUAAUGGAAAUGGACUCAGGGAGCGUCUCAGAAGCCGAAGUUGAAUGGAAGAGAUGAUAGUCUGACGUGCAGGAGUUUUUCGAUUUGUGUUACUGUCCUUGACUUAAUCACAGCUGUGUAAGUGAGGCCAGGCCCUCAGCUUAAACUGGUGGUUUUGGUUAUGUUUUAAGUUCUUGCUUUGGUAUCAUAAGUGUUGGUUUUUGUUGUUUCUUAAUAUUACCCUUUUUAAGAAUCUAUAUCAUAGACUUAUAUUUUGGAUUUCAUGUUAGCUGUUAUUUUAUGAAGAAAAUCACAAAGAAUGUUGCUGAA